GGCUGUCGCUGUUGAAUGGUUACACUGUCAUUCUACUAGAGGGCUAUUUAUUUGAGGCAAUUGUGAAGUUGUCUAAUGAAGUGAAUUUUACGUUUUUAUUUUAUGAAUUUAGUUUUCACACAAACAUCCAGUCAUUGUGAUAGUGUUAUGAUGGGUAGUUGGACCAAAUGGGUUGUACUUACAGUAAUUUUGGCAUGUUUUCAAAUAGCCGCUGGAGUAGAGCUAACCUUCGAAUUGCUUGAUAACGCCAAAGACUGUUUUUAUGAAGAUAUCAAACUCAACACAACAGUAACUUUGGAAUUCCAGGUGGUAACGGGAGGCUCCUAUGAUGUAGAUGUCAUCCUUGAGGACCCUACCAGAGAAAUAAUCUACAGACAAGUCAAGUCUCAGUUUGAUUCCCAUACGUUUACGACCGUGAAGGAGGGCACAUAUGCUGUCUGCUUCAGCAACGAGUUCUCGACAUUCAGUCACAAGCUGGUGUACAUGGAUUUCCAAGUGGGAGACGAGCCGCCUUUACCGGGAGUGGGAGAGCAUGCCACUGUUAUGACACAGAUGGAGGUGUCCUCGCAGGAGAUCCACCAAUCGCUGAAGAGCAUUGUGGACUACCAGACUCACCAUCGCUUGCGAGAGGCACAGGGGAGAAAACGAGCAGAGGAUCUCAAUGUCAGAGUAUUCUGGUGGUCUUUAAUGGAGACAAUAGCGAUACUCUUUGUUUCCAUCGGCCAAGUAUUCAUAUUGAAGAAUUUCUUUUCUGAAAAGAAACCUGUGUCAUACAAUCGGUUAUAGGGUGAACUCUUGAAAUCGCUUUAUACCUUGUUAUUUUUUCAUACUGAAGUCUUCUCCCCCAAAGUGGAGACUAUGUGCAAGUGUUGUUGUUAUUGAAAGACACCACCAUCUUCACCUUAUUUAUUUGUUACAUGUUUUCUGAAGUAAUUGACUGUAGAAGUAAUAAAAUAGUUCCAUUACAUUUUGUUUUGUUGGACGUUUGUGUAAUUUUUAGUUGUACAGUUUUCUUUCCUCACUUUUAAUUUUCCUAGGCACGUGUGUCGAGUUUUUUUUUUACUUACUUUCCUCUUCUGGAAUUCGAAUAUUGAGAAUUCAUUUGUAUAAAAUUUGUAAUUAAUGGGGAGGAAGUCGAAUUGAAUAGGGUAUUAGAAUGUGUGAUGGUGUGUUAUAUUUUAAUUUUAAGCCUACUUGAGUUGCCUUAUAAAAAUAACAUUUUCUGUUUUGGCUGGCUUGUAAUUUUAGUGAAUUACAAUCUAUAAUUUUAUAAAUUUGUUCAUAAUCCCUUUUAAAAGAGUAUUAUAUUUCAUUAACUAUAUAUUGUUUAAAUUAAGAAGGUUUUUAGGACUUUGAAAUAUUAUUUGUCAGAUGUAGUCAUGUCAGAUAUAUUAGUUGCAUUAGCCAAAGGUUCAAAGAUUUGAUAAACAAAAUCUCCCAAUAAAUUAACAACUUGUACCAGCAUUUCUAAAUAAGUAACUGAAAAUUAGCAUUAUUUCAAACAGAAUGCAAAGGGUUUUUGGACUACGUAUACCCCAAUCAUAGUGCAGCAUCAAAAAACAUUAAACUUAAAAAUCCAUUUUAUGUUUAGUGUUCCUUUUCUUGGUUGUGAUUUUAUUGUUAUUGGUACAAGAUUUACUAUCUAUUGUGGUCAAUAAACAUGCAAAUCCUUUUAAGUGUAAAAUACUGUGAAGACAGUAGUUUGUGAGUAGUCGUAGAAUUCACUAAUGUCCAAGGCACAAGUAAGACAAUAAGGAACAGCAAUAACAAGGGUUUGCAGUUAAGCACCAAAGAUAGAAGUGUAACUAGAACAGUUUUGUUUUAACAAUUAUUUUUGACAUAUCAGUUACACAAAUAAUAGCAAAGAAGUGAAAUGACAAAACCUUUCACUAGAAGAACAGGUGGUUGUUCACAAACCAAUAAAAUGGCCUGCAUCAUGACAUAAAAAUGGUGAAGUUAAGAAAGUGAAACAGAGAAGUAGGAAUAUUGCACAGAAAUUGGUAGAGUACUAGAUGUGUUUAGUUAGUAUCAUUGCCUUAUCUGUGUUUGACAUUCUUGUACACAACGGAAAACAGUUGAAAAGUUCAGUAGGCUAAUUUAUCUGGAGCGACUGUUGUGAUUGCUACACAAAAAUGUGCUUUUCAUUUUCAAAAUGAACAAAAGUAUAAAACUUUUUGUUCAUCACCAGUAAUUUUUCUGCCUAGUUGACAAAAUUUUAAUUUGUAAUUUCUACAAAAUAUUUAUUUAAUUUUUAGCAACACCUGUCACACAAAUCCAAAUAAACAAAUCAAUUCGUAAUAAUGUAAUUUAAAAAGAACUGUACAAGCCAUUUCCAUGUGAUGUUAUUUACUAUUUAAUGGUAGUUUGAUUUUUAGAUUUUAUAGUAAACUAUAUGAAGUAAAAGUAAUUCUAAAUAUAUAUGCUUUAUGUAUAAUUAUAAAUCUCUUUCACAAGUUCAUCAGUUGUAAUUUAAAUCGUUCCUUAAUUUUUAAACUUUGUAGUUCUCAUUGGAAUAUUUCUUCAUUAGCAUCAGUUAAGUGAAACGCAAUGCAUUUGGUAAAAUUGCUUUUUCGUAUGAAACAAUGAAUUUUUUAACCGCUUUGUGUAAUUGCGUGAGAUCAUUUAUAGUCAUUGAUUUCAGUAAAGUGUAGUUUGUCUUCUUGUAUAUUUGGAGUUUUGAUAGCAAAGUUUUCUGUACUUUAAUUAGUUGGGAUAUAUAUGGAAUGGUUUUGAGAAGGAGGUACUGUCAUUUCUAUAGAAAUCCACCAGAUUGUUGUGUUGGGCAUACAUGUGCACAUUUCCGUCUACAUUUCCUGGCUAGCUGCUUACAUCAUUUCAUGCCAAUACAAACAAUUGUUUCAUCACACUAUUGUGGCCAUUUAAAACCAACUGGUGUUUUGAAUUUUGUUAUCAAUGAUCUCCACAUCCUGCUUUCUUUAUUCAUACCAAGACAUCCUUUCACCAAAUUAACAGUUAUUUUUCUUGAUCAUCUCAUUCUUAGUGUCAAUCCUAUAAGGCCAACCUUAAUUCGCUAUUACAAAAUGAACAUUCACUCUCCGCAUCAGUUAAUUAGUCAAUAAUUGUUAUUUUCUACAUUGUGAAUAUUUGCACAGUUGUUGUAAAUGUUCCAUGUAAUUUCUUAAUCAUUUAAAUGCAUAUGUUUCUAGAAAAUCUGGAGAGCAGGGUAUCAAAUCUUGGCUAGAGAAAUAGAUAAGGGAUUGUUUUUUAUGUUAAACUGUUAAUAUUUACUUUGCCUAAAGUUUCAGUUUAUCAGUAAAAUGUGAAGACUAAGCUUUAUUCUUUAUGAAAUAUGAGUAAUCGAAAUUGGUCAGGACAACGAUCUGGCAGAUUUUGAUGAAAACUGUUUAUACUUCCUAUGUACUUACGUACUGCUUGGAUCUAUUAGAAAUGUUUGUAAGUAUCUGGUCUUUUAUUAUUGGGAUUCUCAGAUAUUAAAGUAAGUGUAAGAUAUUACAUUGGUAUAAUUUUAGUGGUUGAGCAGUUGUAUACCUCUAAAGUUUUCAUAUAAAAAAUUCAUAUUCAUAUACAGUAUUUUAAAUUUUUCCUUGACUAUACUUUACAGUAAAGAUAUGAAUGCAAUCAAAGAUAUAACUAAUUGAUUGCACAAACAUAAAUAUGAUAAAGGAAAUAAGAUUAAACUAGUAAAUAAUUCCACUCAUUUGGACUGCUUUUUGAGAAUAGAAUAAUUAGUACAGUGAAACUUUGUUGUAACAUCUAUAAACUUUAUAAUGGUGUUUAAGUUUAAUUCAAAUCAAAGUGGAAACCGUUCAAUAUGUAAGUUCAAGUAUGCUAUGUGUUAUAAUUUCUUUUCAAAAAAAAAAAAAAAAAAAAAAAAUAGUGAGAAAGAAGGAGGUUUACUGGUAUUGAUUGUCAGCUCUAGAGUCUAAUCCUUUUAUUAAUUAUGCUAAGUGGUAGUUUCAAAUAACUUUCAGCUUUUCUUAUGUUUUACUAUUGUAAAGUAAAAACAAGUUUGUUCAAUAUUUGUAAUAUUGGUCUAGAAUGUGUAUCAUUUAUUUAAAACUAAAAUGUAUUAAAAUAUAAUGGUUAGAACUAUGUUAGAAUGGAUUUGUUUUAGACACCUAUCUUAGCCAGUUUUAUUUCCAAUUUAUGUAUGCAAACAAAUUCAUACUGAAUAAUAUUUUAUCUGAAAAAGUUUGUUACAUUCAUAAGUAUGCGCUUGUUACAACAUCUUAGGAACAAACAAAUUAUAUGAGGUUUCUAUCAAAAUUUUUGGGCAGUAGCUGAACUGUACAGAAUAAUGUUUUUAGAACAUUAACUCAUCCGUUACAGAUGAAUGUAAUAUGGAACCAAAAUUGUAUGUCCCAUACUAGGUUAAGGAAACUUUUAGAUUUGAAACAAAUUAACCCUGAUAUCCAUCAAUCUGUAAUUACUUCAUCAUUUAAGUAGAAUCCAUCAUAAAACCUUGUUCUACAUUUUGAUAUUUAAAAUUAUUGUAGAUACAUGUUUACAAAACACAUCAUAUGUGUAACAUUUGUAUUAGUUCUUUUCAUUUGGACAAUGGUUAAUAUUUGACAGUAGUGAAAAUUAAGUGGUUUACAAAUCAUAGUUAUUCAUGUCCUCUACAUUUCAGUAUUAGUUUGUUAUGCAAUAAAAUGUUGUAAAAAGUGUGGUUAAAGUAAAACAUGAAUUUAUGAAACCAUUUUUGUACUAACAGUGUUACUUUAAAAAUAGAAACCUUAAAAUAGGUAAAUUUAUAUGAUUAUAAGAAGUAGGGUUAUUUAUUGAAAUGAAAAAAAAUACAAAGAAAAUUUAAAAAUUUAUUGUAAUCAUAUUCUUAAGUUUGUACUAUUUUUAGUUAAAAUAAAAUAAUCAUAUUUCUGUGAAAUUCCAAUACCAAAAAGGAACGACCAAGAAGAAGCAACACUACUGUGAAUGUGUUACAGGUGAUAAACACUGGUACACUUUUGUCAUUUAUAACGUAGCUGUUCUUGUGUAUAAUUUCAAUGUACAAAUAAUUGUAUUUGUGGUAUAAUAAACUUAAGUUUUAUUGUU